AUGUAUCAGCAGCAGUACCAGCACCAGCCAGCCCAGCAGAGGCAGCAACAGCAGCACGGAGGAGGGGGAGCAGGAGCAGGAGGCGGAGGACAGAACAGAGAACCCGUUGAUCCUUUCCAAGCACGACAGCUCUACAGGAACGAGCUCGCGACCCUCACAUUCAACUCCAAGCCCAUCAUCACCAGCCUCACCAUCUCUGCUGGCGAAAACGCAAGCGUCUCCAAAGUCAUUGUCCAGACCAUCGAGGAGCGACUGAGAACCGCACCCGCGAACCAAAAGCUUCCAACAUUGUACCUGAUCGAUUCGAUUCUCAAGAAUGUUGGCGGUCCUUACUUGAACUUGUUUGCGCGGACAAUCGUUACUCUCUUUCUGGAUGCAUAUGCCGUGGUCGACACUUCAGCAAAGGCGAGCUUUGAAAAGGUCCUUGGAACAUGGCCCAACUGGACCUCGCAGCUGUUCCCAAAGGAACUUAUUUCAAAAAUUGAACAAGGCGUUCGUUCAAUGCGUCAGCAGAAGCAGGGAUCCCACCAGCCGUCCUCAAGUCAUGGUAAACCUCACCACCCGGACCGUUCGCGCGAGGACCCAUAUUCACAAAAUGCCAACAAUAUGCAUGGUAGCAAUGGAUCUCAAAACCGGCCGACGCCCCCACCAGCACCAGUUGAAUCCAGCGGUGACAAUGGUCUGCUGAAGGAUAUCCAGCUUCUCAUGCUCCAGAAGCAGCAUGCGAUGAUCAUGAACCCUGCCGACCAGGCCAGCGCAAAGCAGGUCGGCAUUCUUCAACAGUUGGAGUCUCUUGUCAAGACGACUCAAUUGACACCCGAGAGCUCAAACAUCAUCCGCCAGCAGCUGGCACAACUUUGGACUCCAGCCCCAGCUCCCCCCGUUCUCCCAGUCUUCCCUCAAGGCGGGAUGCCCACUGUAUCGUCGCCAAUGCCACCCAACAUGAUCCCUGGAUCCAUGCCGCCCCUGCAGCCUCCUCAACCUCCUACCAUGCCCCUCCCUCCUAAUAUGCCUUUUCCACCACCUCACUUCCCACCACAGUUCCAGCCUGGAUCGAUCCCCAACCCCCAUAUGAUGGGUGCUCCACUUCCAAUGCCGAUCCCACCAGCUGGCAUUCCAAUGCCAGGAGGUCUUCCAAUGCCUAUCCCUCCUCGCUCGAUGCCUAUCCCUCCUCGCUCGAUGCCCAUCCCUCCUCGCUCGAUGCCUAUGCCCAUGCCGCCUAUGCCAAUCCCCUCUAUGCCCAACGCACCCACCCCACCUACUCUCCCAGGAGCCCCUGCAGCCAACUUAUUUGCCAGUUUGAUGCAGUCAGGACUUUUGGGACCCAAUGGCGCACUUGCCAACUUAAACCGUAACCCACAGCCGCCUAUGAUGGGAGGCACUCCACCCCCUCCAAUGCCUAUCCCUCUUCCUCUCGUAUCUGCUCCCGGACCAGCCUUGGCACCUCCAACAUUAGAUCGGGCAGACCAGAGUGAGCAGGAUCGCAGCGUCAUGUCCCUUGGCAUGAUUGAACUGAGUAGCCAAGACAUUCAACGGAGGAGACCUGCAGCCAUCCAAGUGAUGUACGGAACACCCCCACUGCAGUGCAACCAGUGUGGUUACCGCUGCCCAAAGUCGGCAGAUGCUCAGAAAAAGAUGGACUCUCAUCUUGACUGGCACUUCCGUCAAAACCGCCGUAUGAAGGACAAGGCCAAGAAGAGCCAUUCCCGCAGCUGGCUCGUCGGCGAAGAGGACUGGAUCCAUUCUCGUGAGGGUGACCUGAGCCAGAGUCAACAGCCCGUAUUCUUUGAUUUCGCGUCAGGCGUGAACAAAACCAGCAAGGAUGAACAGGCACUCCAGGAGGAGAUUGCAGCCAUGAAGGAACGGAUCGUAUCUGAAGCGACUUUGGCGCAGGGUCUUUGCGGUAACGAUCCCGGGGCAACCGCCAAUGUCUCGACUCUGAUCGCCAAGGGGUGUUCGAUCUGUAAAGAAAAGUUUAUCAAAGUCUGGAACGAGGCUGAAGAAGAAUGGUCUUACAAGAACGCGGUCGUUGUCGAUAAAAUGGUAAGAAUUGAGUUAGAUUACUUGGUCCGAUCAACCGCACGACAGGCAGCAGCAGCUGCCGCCGCCGUCGCCACCGCCGCUGCAGAAUCCAUGUCAGCUUCGUCAUCAGCAUUACCGUCAACCCUCCCAACCGGCUUUGAGUUGACCACCACCGCACAGAUGGACAUCAAGGACGAGGACAUGAAGGAAGACAUCAACCCAGAGCUGAAGGUGGAAGGUGAUCAACAGUCGCAGGCACUGGGACAAGAUACCAAGGAUCAUGUUAUGACUCUUGCUGCCGCUGCUGGUACUACGGAUUCUGAUCUGCCUACGUCUUUGAAGCGCAAGCUUGAGAUCGACAACGUGGAGGAGUCAGAGUCGGCUUCCAAGAAAUCCAUUCUUUCGAGGGAUUCAUAG